GAAGUAGCUGGUGUCGGAAUUAUACUAUGUGAAGUCGAAGACGGUGGUAUUGAGCUUGUGGACAAAACCGAGGUCGAGCUGAGUGGGCGACUUGAUGUCGCAGACCGACUGACAGAAGCGCUGGUCGAAGCUGUUCCCACUGGUCCAGACACUGUAGGGGGUCUCGAGGUCGUUCCACCUGGGGUUACAGGAGUCGAAUUGGUCACAGGAGGAACAACCGACGACUGGGUGACUCCUGGAAGCGAAGCUGUAGGUUGGGUGACGGAGGCAGUAGCCAUCCUUGAGAUCCGUCAAAUAAAAGAAGAAAAAGGGGAGCCCUUGGUAAAAGGGAGGAGGAGGAGAGAGAGUGAGCCUGUUUUAUUGUUCAGUGCCGUCAGUCAAUCGACAACCGCUGUCGAAAUGAGACAAACAACUCGUCCGUCUUCAGAGCGCUACUGCCCUGCCCCGCCA